AGCUCUGAGCCGCCAGUGGUGGAGGACAGGUCAUCAGCAACCCGACAACAUGUUAUCCGUGAGAGUUGCAUCAGCUUUGGCCAGGACCCUGCCCCGACGGGCUGGCUUUGUGUCCAAGGCUGUACCCACCGCCUGCGUCGGGGUCAACCACCUCCACACACACAGACCAUGGCUGCAGAAGACAGGCACAGCAGAGGUGUUUUCCAUCCUGGAGGAUAAGAUCUUGACGGCUGACACCUCUGCCGACCUGGAGGAGACCGGGCGUGUGCUGUCCAUUGGUGACGGUAUUGCCAGAGUGUUUGGGCUGAGGAAUGUCCAGGCAGAAGAGAUGGUGGAGUUCUCCUCUGGACUGAAGGGCAUGUCUCUGAACUUGGAGGCCGACAACGUUGGUGUUGUGGUGUUCGGUAAUGACAAACUGAUCAAGGAGGGCGACAUCGUGAAGAGGACCGGUGCCAUCGUGGAUGUCCCUGUUGGUAUGGAACUGCUGGGCCGUGUGGUGGAUGCUCUGGGAAAUGCCAUCGAUGGAAAGGGUCCUCUGGGUUGCAGCAUCCGUAGGCGCGUGGGUCUGAAGGCUCCUGGCAUCAUCCCUCGUAUCUCUGUGAGGGAGCCGAUGCAGACUGGAAUCAAGGCUGUGGACAGCCUGGUGCCCAUUGGCAGAGGCCAGCGUGAGCUGAUCAUUGGUGACAGGCAGACCGGCAAAACUGCCAUCGCCAUCGACACGAUCAUCAACCAGAAGCGCUUCAACGAAGGAACUGACGAGAAGAAGAAGCUGUACUGCAUCUACGUUGCCAUCGGCCAGAAGAGGUCCACUGUCGCCCAGCUGGUGAAGAGGCUCACCGACGCCGGUGCCAUGAAGUACACCAUUGUGGUCUCUGCCACGGCCUCUGAUGCCGCUCCUCUGCAGUACUUGGCCCCAUACUCUGGCUGCUCCAUGGGAGAGUACUUCAGAGACAACGGCAAGCAUGCCCUGAUCAUCUAUGAUGAUCUGUCCAAGCAGGCUGUUGCCUAUCGUCAGAUGUCGCUGCUGCUGCGUCGUCCUCCCGGUCGUGAAGCUUACCCCGGUGACGUGUUCUACCUGCAUUCCCGUCUGCUGGAGAGAGCCGCCAAGAUGAACGACAACUUCGGCGGCGGCUCCCUCACUGCCCUCCCCAUUAUUGAGACCCAGGCCGGUGACGUGUCUGCCUACAUCCCCACCAAUGUCAUCUCCAUCACAGACGGGCAGAUCUUCUUGGAGACCGAGCUGUUCUACAAGGGUAUCCGCCCAGCCAUCAACGUGGGUCUGUCUGUGUCCAGAGUAGGCUCUGCUGCCCAGACCAAAGCCAUGAAGCAGGUGGCCGGUACCAUGAAGUUGGAGCUGGCUCAGUACCGUGAGGUGGCUGCCUUCGCCCAGUUCGGCUCUGACCUCGACGCUACCACCCAGCAGCUCCUUAACAGAGGCGUCAGGCUCACUGAACUGCUCAAGCAGGGGCAGUACUGUCCCAUGGCCAUUGAGGAGCAGGUAACGGUCAUCUACGCUGGAGUCAGAGGUUACUUGGACAAACUUGCGCCCAGCAAGAUCACAAGGUUCGAGAAGGCUUUCCUGCAGCACGUCCUCGGCCAGCACCAGGACCUGCUUACCGCUAUCAGGGUUGAAGGCAUGAUCUCUGAGGCAUCAGAUGUAAAACUGAAGCAGGUUGUCCUGUCCUUCCUGUCCAGUUUUGAGUAAUGGAUAGCACUUCCAUUGAUCUUCAGUGAGCUGCCCUUCUGUUCCCGUUAUGCUUCUAAAUGUGACAAACACACUGAAGGCCAAAACCUCCAUGUACAGAUUUCUCCAAAUAAAAUUUUACAACCCUA